AUGCAGAGACUCCGGCAGUACACUCUCUAUCAUACUAUCCGCUUAUUGUCAAAAGCGGAUCCCCUGAAGUACUUGCUCAAUAGUCUAUCUUCCAUGAAGAAUAUUUCAAAGUGGCGAUGUCAUCUAACGGAAUACGACAUUGAAUACGUGCCCCGCACGUCAAUCAAGGGGCAGGCAAUUGCGAAUCACUUAGCGGAGUUCCCAAUCGAAGACGAUACGCCGAUCAACUCUGACUUUCCGGACGAAGGGAUUCUCCAAGUGGACAGUGAGGAGAACAAAUUCGCAUGGAGGAUGUAUUUCGACAGCGCAGUAAAUUCCACUGGGUCCGGCAUUAGCGCAGUGCUGAUAUCCCCCGACGGACGCUACUAUCCUGUCGCAGCAAAGGUUGAUUUCCCUUGCACUAAUAACGUGGCCGAAUACGAAGCAUGCAUCCUCGGCCUGCAGGCAGCGAUCGACUUCAAGGUGAAGGAACUAGAAGUGUUUGGUGAUUCCAUGCUUACAAUUUUCCAGACAUUGGGGUAA